AUGGAACGAAUAUUGAAAAAUGCCACACUUGAGCCUGCUCCAGGAUUUAUAUAUGAUGUUGAAAGCAUUAAUGAAAGUUUAAGACCAAGUACCCCCAUGUUACCAGAACCCCCUGUAUCACCAAUGAUUCCCCCUCUAAGGAAAAAUCUCGAAGAUCAAAAACGUGACAAAGAAUUCCAAAUAUCAUUUAAUCUGCCCAUAACUGAACAUUUAAUGCAAGAAUGUACUUGUGAAUUUGUGAUGCCCGAAACGAAAGAGAUCUAUGUUGGUAAACUUCAGAUUUCUGAAGGUUAUCUAACAUUUGAAUCUAAUGAAAAAAAACAAUGUAGUCUAGUUUUACCUUUAUAUACUGUACAAAGAGUUGAACGUCUUUUUAGCAAAACACAUGCUUUUGCUUUAUCUAUAGGGAAUUGGCACAAAAUGAAAUUAUUAUUUCAAAUCAAUAUUCCAAAAACCUCAAUUGACAAGUUUUGUAUGGUUCUUAGAGAUAAUUUAAAAGAUCAAGUUCAUCUUAUGAAGUCUUUAAAGUCAUUUUUAAGUACUUGUUAUUCAGAAACUUUAACAGAUUCUAAAAAGGAACCAAAGGAGCUUUCUUUAGGAGGAUUGGGUUUGACUUUUGGUUUUCCGGGAGAUGCUAAAAA